AUGUUCCGAACCAAUAAAAGUUCUACAGUUCCAACCAGAACCAAAGAAAAAAGUACUAUUUUGGCACCCUGUAUUAAUUGUGAAGAAUUUAUACCAUUUGAUAAAAUUGAUUUACAUGCCUAAAUUUGCACUCAAGUUUCUAACAAAGUUCUUAAAUAUUCAUAAUCAACUGUAUUUUUUGAAGAGAAUGAUUUCAAAUUAAGCAAAUUGAAAGCUAAUUUAUAGAACAAAUCGUACAAACACACUCAAAGAUUAUGUCGUAUUUGUGAAUUGGUUACUUAAAUCAAUACAAUUGGUUGUGUAGAAGAAGCAUCUUUAAAAGAAUUCGAAAAAGAAUUACUUAACUUAAGUUAAGAACCAAGUCAAUCUAUAAAUUAAUCUUUAUACAUUGAAAGAUUACAUUCACUUGUUCUAUAAAGGAUGAGUAUCAUUCAAAAUCAAUUAAACCUCAAGGCAAUCAGACCUACAUAAUCACAAUAGAACUUUUAUCCUUAAUAAAAUACUACUUUCAUCUCAAAAAAUUCCAAAAAUUCAACAGGUUCAACUCAAACGACUAGUAAUAACAACUUAUAAAAUUUAAUUCAAAAUAAGUUAGAGUCAUCUGAUAAAUUUAAUCGUCUUAAUAAACUUAAUCAAUGUUAAUCACCUGAUCCCAGAAUGACUUAUAUUACUAAAUUUUCAUAAAAUAGCCCAAUCUCUCAAUAUGGAUUAACAUAAUAAUAAUAAAAAAGUGAAAUUUUAACACAUAUUAGUGAACAAUAUGCUGAAAGUAUUGAUGAAUAAUCUAAUCCAAAAACAUUUGCUCAAAGAUGUUUCUAUUCAAAAGUUCUAAAUCUUAAAUUAAAUUAUCCAUAAUCUAAUCCAGCUUAAAAAAUUCCUGUAUCAGUUUUAUGGAAAUAAGUUGAAAAACAAAAAAUAAAACCAGAAAAUUGGGAAUUAUUCAUUAAAGAAUGUUUAGACAAACCAUUCUAAUAUUUAGAUCCUCAAAAAAUGAAUACUCAAUUUAAUCAUUCCUCUUAGAUGAAAUUCAAAAAAUAAUUAUGA